GGCGGGGAGGCGACGAGGCCGGGCGUGCGCCGGCGGGCCGCGAGGUGUCGUGUCGGCGACGAGGAAGUUUCCAGUGGAGGAAGGUCGUCGUCCCAGCUCGGCCGCCCGGUCCUCCGGCAGCAUCGCAGCAUCAUGGCGGAGCCCGGCGGCUCGCCCGUGCACGGCCAGCAGCAGCAGCCCCAGCAGGCGGCCCCGGGGACCGCGGCAGCCCCAGCCCCGGCCCCGGUGACAGCAGCCCCGGCGGCGGCAGCGGCAGCAGCUCCGGCCGCCGCGACCACCGCGCCUGCUCCGGCUCCGGCUCCGGCGACGCCCGCAGCCCCGGCUCCGGCCCCGGCUCCAGCAGCGGCGGCGACGGCGCAGGCCGUGGGCUGGCCCAUCUGCAGGGACGCCUACGAGCUGCAGGAGGUGAUCGGCAGUGGAGCUACUGCUGUGGUUCAGGCUGCCCUGUGCAAACCCAGGCAAGAACGUGUAGCAAUCAAGCGGAUCAACUUGGAAAAAUGCCAGACCAGUAUGGAUGAACUAUUAAAAGAAAUUCAAGCCAUGAGUCAGUGCAGCCAUCCCAAUGUAGUGACCUAUUAUACCUCGUUUGUGGUAAAAGAUGAACUUUGGCUCGUCAUGAAAUUGCUGAGUGGAGGUUCAAUGUUGGAUAUCAUAAAGUACAUUGUCAAUAGAGGUGAACACAAGAACGGAGUUCUGGAAGAGGCAAUAAUAGCAACUAUCCUUAAAGAAGUUUUGGAAGGCUUAGACUAUUUACACAGAAAUGGUCAGAUCCACAGGGAUUUGAAAGCUGGUAAUAUUCUUCUGGGUGAAGAUGGUUCAGUACAGAUAGCAGAUUUUGGGGUAAGUGCAUUCUUAGCAACAGGGGGUGAUGUUACCCGAAAUAAAGUAAGAAAAACCUUUGUUGGCACCCCGUGUUGGAUGGCUCCUGAAGUCAUGGAACAGGUGAGAGGCUAUGACUUCAAGGCUGAUAUGUGGAGCUUCGGAAUAACUGCCAUAGAGUUAGCAACAGGAGCAGCGCCUUAUCACAAAUAUCCUCCUAUGAAAGUGUUAAUGUUGACUUUGCAAAAUGAUCCACCUACUUUAGAAACAGGAGUAGAGGAUAAGGAAAUGAUGAAAAAGUAUGGCAAGUCCUUUAGAAAAUUGCUUUCACUAUGUCUCCAGAAGGAUCCUUCUAAAAGGCCCACAGCAGCAGAACUUUUAAAAUGCAAAUUCUUCCAGAAAGCCAAGAACAGAGAGUACCUGAUUGAGAAGCUGCUUACCAGAACACCAGACAUAGCACAAAGAGCCAAAAAGGUAAGAAGAGUUCCUGGAUCGAGUGGUCACCUUCAUAAAACAGAAGACGGUGACUGGGAGUGGAGUGACGACGAGAUGGAUGAAAAGAGUGAAGAAGGGAAGGCAGCCUUUUCUCAUGAAAAGUCACGAAGAGUAAAAGAAGAAAAUGCAGAGAUAGCAGUGAACACCAGCAGCCUACCAGAGCAAAUCCAGUCCCUCUCUGUACAGGAUCCUCAGGGCUUACCCAAUGCUAGUGAAGACUACAGAGAAGCUUCUUGCGCUGUGAACCUCGUUUUAAGAUUAAGAAACUCCAGAAAGGAACUUAAUGACAUACGAUUUGAGUUUACUCCAGGAAGAGAUACAGCAGAUGGCGUUUCUCAGGAACUCUUCUCUGCUGGCUUGGUUGAUGGUCAUGAUGUAGUUAUAGUGGCUGCUAAUUUACAGAAGAUUGUAGAUGAUCCCAGAGCUUUAAAAACAUUGACAUUUAAGUUGGCUUCUGGUUGUGAUGGGUCUGAGAUUCCUGAUGAAGUGAAACUGAUUGGGUUCGCUCAGUUGAGUGUCAGCUGAUGUAUGUCACUUGACAUCACCCUGAUUGUCAUGCCCCCUCACAACACUCCCCUCAAACUCCCUGCCCCCACUCCCCGGAAAAAUCAGAAGAUUGUGAAGAUCCAUGGAAUGGGAUAAAAUUUUUUGAAAAAAAAAAAAAAAAAUGACAGCACUCUGAGUUCUGCUUUAUUCUCUAGCAAUCCACAGUAUGAAAACAAGCAAAUGCCACAGCUGCACGACUGUUGCUAAUUUUUCCAAAAGCUAUUUAAUCUUCUUAGCAACCAAUUUGGAUAUCCCUUAAGUGAAAAGAAUCUGAUAUACACUCAGGUGGUCCUAUUUAUUGGCUAAAGGAUUUUUUUUCUAUCAGAAGCCUAUUCUAUCAUUGUCUUUUCUGUUAUAAUACUUUAAUUGUACAUCUGACAAAACUGCCUCUUAUGUUGUAUUUAGAAAUUAAUAUACUUAUAAAAUUAAGAUUUAUUAGCCAAACUUGAAUUCUAGUUUUAAAACUGACUGUGAAUUUUAUUUUUCAUAUAUUUAUGCAUUACAUACGUUAGCUAUAAGAAAAGAAAGUUUUGAUUAUAUGCUUCUUGCAGUUAAUCUCUUCUUAUUUAAACAAAGUUUCAGAUCUAUCUUUGGAGCAUUUAUAACUUUUGAUUUUUGAAAUGACUGAAUUAGGAACAAGGAUGCCUUUUUUUUUUUUUUUUGCCUAAAAUAAAAAAAAAACAAACACCAAUCACACUCUGAUUGUCUAUUGGGAGAGGGAGGUGCCUUGCAAACUUUCAUAUUAAGAAUGUGCCUGAGGCUGCUUUACUCUGAAAUAGUCUCAGUUCUAAAAUUUCCUUUACAUUAAGUGGCAUAUAUAAGUUUUGCUUUGUUGGGAUGGUUAGAAUGUUAUGCAAUGUUGCCAUUCUAUUAGAACGCUAAUUAUGUGCCCAUCUCUGAUUUGACUUCUUUUUAAGUGAUAGGAUUUGUUGUUCCAAAGGUGACAAACUUGAAAAUACCAGAAUCUGAGUUUUACUUGAAAUUCUGCAAAAGACCCAGAUGGAGUGAAAAACAGUAGGGUUUUGUGCAAUGUCUAAAAAGCAAAACCAUUGUUAAGUUUCAAGAAUAAACAUGUUCAACCCUAUACUUGACUCUAUAUUACAGAAGAACAAACCUGGGGGGUUUUCAAUUGGAGUCUAAAUAUCCAGGGAGGUAGGCUCCUGGGAUGGUCUCAUUUGCUCUUUCCUAAGCUAACCCUAGAUACAGCAGCUCUUUAUUGUACUUUAAAAAGCAAAUAUAUAUUACUAAGGACAAAAAAGUUAUUUAUAAUUGCCUUGUUAUAAUUGUUAAGGUGUUCUAGAGCGAUUUGCAUACAGUUUAAUGUAAUUUCAUUCCAUUCUUUUGUUUACACAAUAGUUACUCAAAGAUGACUGCAAAGGUAAAGGAAAAUAAAAGUGUACUGCACAAAGA